CAACACAAAAGGGAGGUACUGUGCUCCGACAGGGAGACGAGAUAGAGAGAGGAAGACGAAGAAGGAAAAGAACACCAAAUUAACGCCCCCUCCCUCUCUCCUUUGCGCAAAAUCCAAAAGAACAAACGAAAACAAGUAUAAUCAUCAUCGUCUCUGAAAAUCGUACGACCUCAAUUUUGCUUUCCUCCUCAACUAUUUGUUACAAUCAUUCUUUCUUUCCGUUUUACCCCCAAAAUAGACAUGAUAUUAUUUUGAGAUCUUUCUCUUCUUCCAUCCACAAUCCAAGAUUUGGACCUAUCUGUAGCAGAUCUAAGAUUCUUCGAAACGCCGUCGUAGCAGAUCCACCAAUCACCGGUUUCGAGAUUUCAGAUUCUGUAGAUGGAUGAUUUUAGUGGAAUAUUGACGGAGGACUUCGGGUUCAAGCCUCAGGGGAAAUCUGCUCCGAUGGCGUCUUCUCGGAAUUCUAGUAGUUACGGACUCGGAUCCGGUGCGACUGCCCAUUCCAGAUCCUUAUCUGCCACGAAAUCAUCAGCUCCGAUUUUCGAUGAUCGGGAUCGGGAUGGGCUCCUCUUCAACGACGUCUUCGGUGGGCCUCCCAAGUAUAGCGGCGAGCCUCGCGGUGGUUCGUUCGAUUAUGAUUCCAUAUUCAAGGACCAGAAUAUGAAUAACAACAAUGUGAAGUCCUCAACGAUGCCGGUGUUUGAUAAGCCUGUUUAUGAUGACGAUAUAUUUGAUGGAUUGCCGGGGCUGAAGAGUGCGUCCGUAAAUUCGUCCUCGGUGAAGCAAGAAGAUGUCUUCGCGUCAAUUUCAGCGUCUCCGCCGAAGAGUAGGUCGCAUAGCAGCUCUGCUUUUGAUGAUCUAUUGGGUAAUUUGGGGAGGAAAGAAACGGAGUUGAAGAAGCAGAGCGUGAAAGUAGAGAAUGAUUCUUCGGCCUUCGAUGAUUUGCUUCGUGGAUUUGGUAAUAGCAGCUCCCCUAACAGGUCUACUUCAGAGUCUGCUAGGUCCCAGAAACCAUCUACAAAUUCUGCAAAAAAAUCCCCCAAUGCAAUGGAAGACCCAUUUGUAAUCCUUGAGAAAACGGCAACUCCUCCAGUAACAUCUGCAGCUUCCCCUGACCCAUUGGAAGAAAUUAGUAGGAUUGGUAACUUUGGAAGCCGAAAAAUGGAGAGUUCAUCUGCAAGUCGGGGAGUGUUUGAUGAUGUAGAUCCCCUUGAUGGUCUUGGGAAAUCUGUUCCCCUGGUGUCAACUGAGAUUAAGAAUGGGGUGAAGGAUAGGAGCCCCUUGAGAACUGGAUCAAGCGGGAGUACCACUUAUUUUACUGUCAAUGAAACGAUAGAUAAACACCCUAUGGACAAUACCGAGGGUCUUUCUUUCCAAACUCAGAAGAAACCCGUUGACAAUUUUCAGGAAUCUCCUCAAACCUUGUUUGACAUGCCCACGACCUCAACAGCUUUUCGUAAGUCCGCUGGUCGAAGUACUUCACCCCCUGUGUAUGUGAACACGAGUCAUGAUGACCCAAAUUUCCAUGUAAAUAUAGCUGGAGAACCUGAGGAGAUUUCAGAUCCAUUAGAUGAUGUAUGGCUUACUGUAUCAGAAAUACCUCUUUUUACACAGCCCACAAGUGCUCCACCACCUUCUAGACCGCCCCCCCAAAGAUCUUCACGGGUGUCUAGGCCUGCGGGUGGUUCUUUCUCAUCAUCAAAUUCGAGAAAGAAGGUUAAUGAUUUUUCUUCCUCUUCAAAUUCCCCUAAGUCGGCUCGUGCAGCAAGGAGUUCAGCGACAUCUCAAUUUGACGAACUUGAGGAUUUUUCCAUGGGUAGGACAAGCAAUAAUAUUAAUGAGCACGGAGAAACUCUUUCUGGUGAAGAUCUGGAUUCUAACUCUGUUGCUGCAGCUUCUGCUGCUGCCAUGAAGGAGGCUAUGGAUAGAGCAGAGGUCAAGUUCAGACAUGCUAGGGAAAUGAGGGAGAGGGAGUAUCUAAAGACAGCUCAGAAUAAGGAAAAUGUUCAAUUGGAUAAAGACGAAAAAACUGUGUUAGAUGAUCAGGAGAGAGAAAUAAGAGAAAAACAGGAGAGACAACAGAGGGAGGAAGAAGAGAGAGAACAUAGGAGGCAUGAGAGAGAAAGGGAGAGAGCUCGUGAAAUUGACAGGGAAAGGGAGGAAAGAGAGAAGGAGCAAAGGAGAAUGGAGAGAGAGAGGAUUGAGAGGGAAAGGGGUAGACAAGCAGUAGAAAGGGCUACUAGAGAGGCUCGUGAAAGAGCAGCUGUGGAAGCUCGCUUAAAAGCUGAAAGGGCUGCUGUUGACAAGGUAAAUUCUGAAGCUCGAGGACGAGCGGAGAGAGCUGCAGUUCAGAGAGUUCAGGCUGAAGCCCGCGAAAGGGCAGCUGCAGAGGCGAGAGAAAGAGCUGAAAGAGCUGCUGCAGAAGCCCGGGAAAAAGCAGCUGUUGCAAGGGCUGAACGAGCUGCUGUAGAAAGGGCUGCUGCUGAGGCUCGAGAAAGAGCAUCUACUGCAUCUAGGGCAAACCAACAAAAGAAUGAAGACAAUGAUCUUGAAUCCUUCUUCAGCAUGGGUUCUCGGCCAAGCAGUGCUCCAAGGCCAAGGGCAAACUCUUCGGAUCCUGCCUUUGAUACCCAAAACAAGGGAGCUCCUGAAGCUUCUAGGAGGACAUCUGUUGGAGCCUCAUCUAGCAUGAGGAAAACUUCUUCAACAACAGAUAUUGUUGACGAUUUGACUUCAAUUUUUGGAGCUCCUGCAUCAACCGGGCAGUUCCAAGAGUUCGAAGGGGAAAGCGAACAAAGACGAAGAGCUAGGCUGGAACGCCACCAAAGGACACAGGAUCGUGCGGCAAAAGCGCUUGCUGAGAAGAAUCAACGUGACCUUCAGGCCCAGAGGGACCAAACAGAGAGACAUAGGAUUGCUGAAACAUUGGAUGCUGAGAUCAAACGUUGGGCUGCAGGGAAAGAAGGAAAUUUACGUGCUCUGCUAUCGACAUUACAAUAUGUGCUCUGGCCUGAAUGUGGUUGGCAGCCAGUCUCUUUGACUGAUUUGAUAACUGGUGCUGCGGUUAAAAAAGUCUAUAGAAAGGCGACAUUGUGUAUCCAUCCUGACAAAGUUCAACAAAAAGGCGCUAACCUUCAACAGAAAUAUAUUGCUGAGAAAGUAUUCGACUUGCUGAAGGAAGCAUGGAACAAAUUCAAUUCCGAAGAGCUGUUUUGAGUUCAUCCCGUGGCUUUAUCACUCAAGACGAUUGCUAGUCACUUACACUAUCCCUUUAGAGUGAUGUACUGGCCAGCAUGCAUAUGUGUUAUCCUAUCACGUGCAAUUGUCUGCAUCAGAUGACAUAUUGCAUCGGGGCAGAAGGAAAUUGGAAGACUUGUUUAGGGAGGUACUUUUUUCAGUUGCUUGAAAUGCCUGAAGGUCGAGGUGAUAUUCCUCAUUCACAGUUUGCUGUAAGCAAAUAUAUCCUUCCGCGUAUGCUCCUGGGACUGUAGAGUAAUGUUCACAUAUUUGUCCAUUUCAUUUUGUAUCCAUAUUUGCCUGAGAUGAUUUUUUUUCUUCCUUUCUACAAUCCCCCCUUCUUUUGUUUGUGUUAAUUCUUUGGUCUUAUAAUUAAUUUUUGGCCUUUUGGGUGGGGGGAAACAGAGAGCUUUAUCUCUCAGUGAAAGUAUUAUGUUGGAAAUAUACCAGACAUUACGCCCAGUGUACCACUGUUGAGCUUAGUAACUCUGAGCUGGAAGUUUUUUUCAUAUAUAUAUAUAUUAUUUUUUUUUA